AUGGAAGGUCGUUGGUCACAUACCUGUCAUACUCCUAAACAUUUGGUAGAUCUGUACCAAGCCUCCAUAAAAGAAAAGCGAAAGGGAAUUGAAACAAACUUUGUUGAUCAUAAUGAUCUUGAAGAUCCCAUGAAUUAUCUUGACCUUUCAAAUGGAGUGGAUAUGACUCAUCUUGAUGUCUCUGAUUUCUUUGAGGAUGUUCGAGACAUCUCUGGGUCAUUCCGCUGGGCCCCAUUUCUUGCUUUGCAAACAUCCUACUCAUUUCUUACUAUGCUCUUGCUGCUUUCGAAGUAUAAAAAGAAAAGUGUUCCUGUGGUUGAUUUGGGUGAAGGUAAAAUUGAAAACAUCAUCAGACAAUCUGCUGUCAUUCAUAUGCUAGCAGAAUGUGCUGGACUUCAGUGGUUUGAAAGUUGGGGUACCAAGAGAUUAUCUGAGCUUGGACUUCCUGUGAUGACACCAAAUCGUAUUAUCAAGGUCCAUGAGGAUGAACCGGUGCUCCAGGCAUUUAAGCUGAUGAGGAAAAAGAGGAUUGGAGGGAUUCCUGUUAUUGAAAAGGGUAGUAGCAGGGCAGUGGGUAAUAUAAGCUUAAGAGAUGUUCAAUUCUUGCUAACUGCUCCAGAAAUCUACCAUGAUUAUAGAUCUAUCACGGCAAAGAACUUCCCGACAGCUGUUAGAAGCUACUUAGAGAAAAAUCAUGAGAACUGCCCAUUAGUGACAGGCAUGAUCACGUGCAAAAGGGACCACACAAUGAAAGAAUUGAUUCAGCUGCUUGAUUCUAAGAAGAUUCACCGGAUAUAUGUAGUCGAUAAUGAUGGGAGUCUGGAGGGAGUUAUCACACUGAGCGACAUCAUCUCAAAGCUAGUACAUGAGCCCCGUGGCUACUUUGACGAUUUCUUUGAUAGUGUUCUGCCACUGCCCCAAAACAGCAGGGUUUAA